UUAUAUCAUUAUCAAAUCGGUGAAUGUCUUUUUCCGUAUACUUGUCUGGUUCUGUCUCCAAGUUAGCCCGACAAAUCCCGUGCCCAAAAUAGUGGAUCAAACCACAGAGCACAAGCCUAGGUUAGUGGUCUGUCUGAGGCUCCUGAUUGAUUGAGCGCCGUAGCUUCGUGGAUUUGGUUUUCCUCGUCAUCCGAAAACCUCUUUUUCUACUGUUACCUCCUUGUGACGAUCUAAACCGCUCUCCCUCUCUCCCUCUCUUUAUCCCCUCAAGUCCCUCCCUUUCUCAAUCAUAUCCCCAAUCUCCUCUCUUCCUUUAUCCGUCAUAAUGUUCAAGCUCGGCCGUAGUCGUGCUGUGGCUUCGGCCCUCAACGCCUCAAAGCUCCAGUUUGCUGCCCCUGCCGCUCGAUUCCCUGGCGUUCAACAACGACGAGCUCUGAGCAUUCACGAGUACCUCUCUGCCGACCUCCUCCGACAGUACGGCAUUGGUGUCCCCAAGGGUUCCGUCGCAAAGUCCGCCAAGGAGGCCAAGGAGAUCGCUGAGAAGAUUGGCAACGAUGAUAUGGUUAUCAAGGCCCAGGUCCUUGCCGGUGGCCGAGGAAAGGGUACGUUCGACAACGGCCUGAAGGGCGGUGUCCGUGUCAUCUACUCUCCCCACGAGGCUGAGAUGUUCGCCGAGCAGAUGAUCGGCCAUAACCUCAUCACCAAGCAGACGGGCGCUGGCGGCCGUCUCUGCAACGCUGUCUACAUUUGCGAGCGCAAGUUUGCUCGUCGUGAGUUCUACCUCGCCAUCCUCAUGGACCGUCAGAACCAGUGCCCCGUCAUCGUCUCCUCUUCCCAGGGCGGUAUGGACAUUGAGACCGUCGCCAAGGAGACCCCCGAUGCCAUCAACACCAACUACAUCGACAUCAACGUCGGUGUCACCGACGAGGUUGCCCGCGAGAUUGCCACUAAGCUCGGCUUCAGCGAGCAGUGCAUCGAGGAGGCCAAGGACACCAUCCAGAAGCUCUACAAGAUCUUCACCGAGAAGGACUCUACCCAGAUUGAGAUCAACCCCCUCUCCGAGACCUCCGACCACAAGGUUCUCUGCAUGGACGCCAAGUUCGGUUUCGACGACAACGCUGAGUUCCGACAGAAGGAUGUCUUUGAGUGGCGCGACACCACCCAGGAGGACCCCGAUGAGGUCCGCGCCGCUGAGUCCAACCUCAACUUCAUCAAGCUUGACGGUGAUAUCGGCUGCCUUGUCAACGGUGCCGGUCUUGCCAUGGCUACCAUGGAUAUCAUCAAGCUGAACGGAGGCCAGCCCGCUAACUUCCUCGACGUUGGUGGUGGUGCCACUCCUGCUGCUAUCCGAGAGGCUUUCGAGCUCAUCACCAGCGAUGCUAAGGUCACCGCUAUCUUUGUCAACAUCUUCGGUGGUAUCGUCCGAUGUGACGCUAUCGCCACUGGUCUCAUCAAGACCGUUGAGAGCAUGAACCUCAGAAUCCCCAUCAUUGCCCGUCUCCAGGGUACCAACGUUGAGCAGGCUCACCAGCUCAUCAACGACUCCGGCCUCAAGAUCUUCUCCAUCGAUGACCUACAAACCGCCGCCGAGAAGGCUGUCCAGCUGUCCAAGGUCGUCAAGAUGGCCCGUGACAUCGAUGUCGGUGUCGAGUUCACCCUCGGUAUCUAAACAGCUCCACUUGAAAAUGCUGUUAGACGAGCAGUGGUGAAGGAUAUGAUAUAAUAACAAGAUGUGAGACUUGAGCUCCAGGAGG